AUGGGAAGUUCUUAUGUGGAAAUAUCGAAAUUUAAUUUUAUCUCUUUGACGACUCAGUGGUAUCAUCCCUCUAAUUUCAGGACGCAGACGGCGAUACCGAUCCAGUCGACACCAUCAUCGAGUACGGGUACAAUACUUGUCCCCAAUUCCCGUGUAAUGUCCAUGGCGGAUCCUCGUGCACCAAAACUCCACGUUUCGAAUUGUCCAAUGUCUAUAUGGUAUUCACCUCAACCCACCUUCCCACCACCGCCUCCCAUGUACAUACCAAUCGGACACCCUGUAAUGCCAUUGCCACCCAAGAUUCUCAUUAAACGGAAAAAGUCGUCCGCCUGUUCUGAAAUAUGCUGUGGUGGAGUGGCGCAAAUGCUAUGGACCUUGAUAUGUGUAGUGUUAUUGGGUAUUGUUGGAGUACUGAUCACGGCAUUAUUUUAUGUCUGA